AUGCCAAUUCGUCCUAGAUGGUGGGAAAACCCCACACCUCAAGAGCUCGCCUGGUUCAGCGGCCUAUCACCCCGCUCAAAAUCCGAAAUCUUUCCUUGGACCAUCAACGAAAGAUCCCAUCCGGGCAUCCAUGCCGGAUUGGCCCAAUGCUUUGGCUGUGGCGAGCUCGGCCACAGUCGCGUCAAUGGAUGCAUCAGUACCAAUCCCUUCCCACAUCCGCCAGCUUUCAACGAUUGGCGUCGAUCGAUCAAUGGAAAGACUUACACCGUGGAUAAGUUACGCAUGUCCGACGAAGCUCUGGCUGCUCUGGCUGCUGAAGCUUUCGAGGAAGCCAUCGAAGCCCCGAUCACGUUGUCUUCGGACGAUAUCGAGCUCCUGGACUUCAUCGAGGAGCAAGCUGCUGCCUCAAUGGCAAGUCCAGCCACCGAGGCUACUCACAACAGCCAUGAAGAUUCAACCAGUGAUGAUGAAGGCCCAAACACGACUCAAGAUUCCUUUCAUUCUGCUACUGUCGAAGGGCAGUGCCAGUCAAGAGUCAAGUCAAGAAUCAAUUAUUGCUGGGAACAUAUGGGCUCAAGCGGUGUAAUUUGUGUCUCAUCAUUACUUUUGGGUGGGCUAGGCGGAAGACGUGCGCAAACCCUAUCUCCUGGAUUGUAG